AUGGCUCCGGCCUCGCGAGAGCCGUCGACUACAAAGACGAAGCAGGCGAAGAUCCCGCUAAUGAUAGAAGAUGGCCGGUACUACCCUCAUCCCGACGAUCUUGACAGCUGGAGCGACGAUAUGAAGUGGUGGCCGGGAGUCACCUCAGGUGACAUCGUUUACUACCUUCUCAGCUCAAAGGCUUGUGACUUGAAAGACGUGAAGGCCUAUAAAAGCCUGGAGUCAUACAAUUACCUACAGUGCGGGUGGGUUGGAAAACUGUUGGUCCACAAAGUAGACAACGAAAUAGUGUUUGUUAAAGGUGAGGUGACACCAUCGCAAGCUGUGCACAACAGACCCCAUUCUGUAUGGAUAUGUGCGAAGUACAGUGGCACAGUUCUGACUGCUGGCUGUACCUGCAUGGCAGGGAAAGCCAGAGUAUGCAGCCACGUUGGAGCAGUCCUCUGGAAGAUAGACCUUGCAGUUUGCAAUGGGCUGACUGGCAUUUCCUGCACAGACACAGUAAUGCAGUGGAACAGAGGAACGAAGCAGAACGUGGAACCAGCUGUGCUAGGGGACGUCUCAUUCAAGAUGCAGAGGCGGAUACUUGACCCGGAUGUAAAAAGGGAAAAAAGAGCAGCACUACCAAGUGACCCGCCUAUGGAUGACAGAACCUUCAAGGAGUUCAUGAAGUCAUCACCCUUGUCUCCUCUCUUCAACGUUAAAGGUAUUUUGGUCCAUUUUGUGUACUAA